AAAGAAAACAAAAAAAGGUGCCAAAGAAAAAGCAUCAGAUGACAAAAAAGAUGAGAUAGAAAAAAUAAAGUCAUACCCCUACAUGGAAGAUGAACCUGAGGAUGAUGUCUAUUUAAAACGCUUAUACCCAAGGCAGAUAUAUGAGGUGGAGAAAGCUAUUCACUUACUUAAGAAAUUUCAAAUUCUGGACUUUACUCAUCCAAAACAAGGUGUUUAUCUUGAUUUGACACUGGAUAUGUCACUGGUGAAGAAGAAAAAAGUGGAGCCAUUUGCCAGUGUUCUUAGUUUUCCAUACCCAUUAAAGAUUGAUCUUCACACUUGAAUUGUGUUUUGGUAGAAAGCAUCAGAGAUUCAAAUAGCAGAAGAAAAUGGAGCUGCAUUUGCAGGAGGAGCUGAUCUGAUUCAGAAGAUUUUGGAUGACGAAAUUGAUGUAGACUUUUAUGUAGCUGUUCCAGAAAUAAUGCCAGAGCUUAAUCCAUUAAAGAAGAAACUGAGAAAAAGGUUUCCAAAGCUUAUUCAAA